AUGCCGGGGAGCGAAGAACGACAGCCGCUGCUGGCGCCUGCGCCGCCGCAGCAGCAGCGUAUCCCCGACAAUGCCCUGUUCGGGAAGUACGAGCUCGGCAAGCUCCUCGGGUGCGGCGCCUUCGCCAAAGUCUACCACGCCCGCAACGUCCUCACUGGCCAGAGUGUCGCCGUGAAAAUCAUCAACAAGAAGAAGCUCACCGGCACCAACCUCAUGUCCAACAUCAAGCGCGAGAUCACCAUCAUGCGCCGCCUCCGCCACCCCAACAUCGUCAAGCUCUACGAGGUCCUCGCCUCCAAGACCAAGAUCUACUUCGUCGUGGAGUUCGUCAAGGGUGGAGAGCUUUUCGCCAAGGUGUCGAAGGGGCGGUUCUCAGAGAAUCUCAGCCGGAAGUACUUCCAGCAGCUCAUCUCCGCCGUCGGGUACUGCCACUCCCGCGGGAUCUACCACCGCGAUUUGAAACCCGAGAAUUUGUUAAUUGACGAGAGCGGGAAUUUGAAGGUUUCGGAUUUCGGGCUCAGCGCCGUGGCCGACCAGAUCCGACCCGACGGGCUCCUCCACACGCUUUGCGGGACCCCUGCUUACGUGGCGCCGGAGAUUUUGACGAAGAAGGGAUACGACGGCGCGAAGGUGGAUGUGUGGUCGUGCGGCGUGAUACUGUACGUUUUGAACGCCGGGUAUUUGCCGUUCAACGACCCCAAUUUGAUGGCGAUGUAUAAGAAGAUUUACAAGGGCGAGUUCCGGUGCCCGAAAUGGAUGUCGCCGGAUCUGAAGCGGUUUUUGGGUCGGCUCAUGGAUACCAACCCGGCGACCCGGAUUACGAUCGACGAGAUUUUGAAGGACCCGUGGUUCAGAAAAGGCGGGUGCAAGGAAAUCAAAUUCUACGACGACGAUUGUUCGAUGGACGACGCCAAAAUCGGCGGCGGCGAGGAGGAACAGAAGGGCGUGACGAGCCUGAACGCGUUCGAUUUGAUUUCGUUCUCGGCCGGGUUGGACCUGUCCGGGUUGUUCGAGUCGUCGAGCGGCAGCCCUGCGGAGGACGGCGAGCGCUUUAUAUCGGAGGAGACGGUGGAGAAGGUGAUGGAGAGAGUGGCUGAGUUUGCCAAGGCGGAGAAGUUGAGGGUGAGGAGGAAGAAGGAUUGGGGACUGGAGAUGGAAGGGCAGAAUGGAAAUUUAUCAAUCGCUGUGGAGGUUUACAGAUUGACUGAUAAUCUGGUGGUGGUGGAGGCCAAGAGGACGGGCGGAGACGCCGCGCCGUUCAAGGAGAUGUGGAAGAACAAGCUCAGGCCUUAUCUGAUUUGCCCAAAUGAUCAAAGCAUCUCAUCGUCCAUGUCUUCUUCCUCCUCGCUCGCUUGCCCAGUCAACGAAUGCUGA